CCACGCGGCAGCAAAUAGUCAUAACGAGAGCGAGUGCAGCAAGAUGCGGCAGCGCGCCGUCAAGAGCGACGUGGAUGACGGGGGUAUGGGCGAAGAAGAGAACAGCGUAGCCCGCUCGGCGCGCCGUGCGCUGAAGAAAGUGGAUGUUUACCCGAAAAUGCAUCGAGAGUUCAAAGUACAAACAGAAUUCGGAGCCACGGUCUCUAUCGUGGCAGGUAUUUUCAUGGCCAUCCUCUUCCUGUCCGAGCUGAGCACCUACUGGACUGUCAACACACACGAGCACAUGGUAGUGGACUCGACAUUAGGUGAGAAGCUUCAGGUGAAUCUGGAUGUGAGUUUCCUGGCCGUCAACUGUCGCGACGCGCACAUCAACGCCAUGGACGUGGCUGGUGAGCUGCAGGUUAACAUGCACCAGACUGUGGUCAAGACGCGACUAGACGCCAAUGGCCGCUCCAUCUCCACAACCGCGGACGAACUCGCUAAGACAGAUCUGCCUGCUGGAUAUUGUGGAAGUUGCUAUGGAACCAGACACCCAGCAGGCAAAGAAUGCUGCAAUACGUGCGAGGAAGUGAAGGAGGCUUUUAUUCAUAGCGAUUUGUCGCUCGAAGAGGCUGAGCAGAAGGAGCAGUGUGUGCGAGAGAGUAUCGACACGGAGAAGCUUGCUCAGGAUGGAGAAGGUUGCCGCUUUACGGGCAAAAUGUUCGUCAACCGCGUGGCCGGCAACUUCCAUGUCGCACUUGGACGCACAUUCCAUCGCCAGGGGCGACUGGUGCACCAGUUUCGGCCUGGGCAGGAACACACGUUCAACUCGAGCCACAUUAUCCACAGUCUGUCCUUUGGGGAGCCCAUUCCUGGUGCCACGAGCCCUCUCGAUGGCGUCUCGAAGAUCGCGGAGCAAUCUGGCGGGGUCUUCCAGUACUACAUCAAGAUUGUGCCUACGAUCUACAGCGACAUCGACGAGAGCGCGAUCCACUCGUACCAGUUCUCCGUGACCCAACAGAGCAACUACUUGAAUCCACGUGGUCAGAUGACAUCGCUACCAGGAACUUUUUUUGUGUUCGAUCUCUCCCCAUUCAUGGUCAAGGUGGAGAACGACCGGGUGCCAUUCACCCACUUCCUGACAAAGAUUUGCGCCAUUGUGGGCGGCGUCAUCUCGAUUGCGGGCUUCGUGGAUUCGUUCAUGUACAACUCGCUGCACGUUCGCCGCCGCGUUUCGAGCAAAUGAUCAAGCUCGUGAUUACAACUGCGUAUGGUACUGCGCGACUGCACCUGAAGUACAGAAGUUCAUUCAGCCAUAGACUGUCGAUCCGAUAUUGUUGUCGAAAAUACAUGACAAGUUUUUUA